UUCACUUCGUAAACCAAAUGGCGAUUUUUGUCAAUUUGUAUUUUUUGACGUAUAUAUAGCAAUAAUAUAGGCCGUAUCAAAUCUGUUUUCGGAGAUCACGUGCCGUAAAAGAAAAAGAAGAUAUACAUAAUAUGUAUAAUAGCAUUUAUUAAUUUUACUCGAAAAUUGUGCAUUUAUGUUACUAUGUCGAAAGCCAAAGUCACAGCGGAAUGGAGAAAGAGGGUAAAGUCGGAGUACAUGCGAUUGCGACAAAUGAAACGCUAUAAACGAGCAGACGAAGUAAAGAUCGCGUGGAACAAAAAUCGCAAAGUUAUGACAGAGCUUCUUGUGGCUGAACAAAAGCGUUGGACAGAUGGAAAGGCAACGUGGCUGGCAAUGCAAGACAUUCCACCUCAUCUUUCUUGUAUGAAGAAAGCUGAAAUUACUAGUCCUGAUGGCGAUGUGCAAAGUUGUCCUGUAAAAAUAAUUAAUGCAGUGACUCCUAUACCAACCAUGUAUACAUGGGCUCCCAUUCAACAGAACUUUAUGGUGGAGGAUGAAACCGUUUUGCAUAACAUUCCUUAUAUGGGCGAUGAGAUUUUGGAUCAAGAUGGUACCUUUAUCGAGGAGCUUAUCAAAAAUUAUGAUGGAAAGGUCCAUGGUGAUAGAGAAUCUGGUUUUAUGGAUGAUUCUAUUUUUGUCGAUUUGGUGAAUGCUCUAGCAAAUUAUGAGAGAGAAGAUAAGGACAAGGAACAGGUAAAGAAAGGAAAGGAAUCCUUAAAAGAGAAAGAAAAUCAAAAGGAAAAUGACAAGAAAGAUGAAAUAAAGGUUGAAAUAAAUACAGAAAAAACUGAAAGUGGGAAGACUGCUGCUACUCCAUUUCCAUCAAUGCAUAUAUUUAAUGCAAUAUCGAGCAUGUUCCCCGAUAAAGGAAGACCUGAAGAAUUAAAAGAAAAAUAUAUUGAAUUAACAGAAAGAUUCGAUCCAAAUGUUUUACCGCCAGAAUGUACGCCUAAUAUAGAUGGUAUAAAUGCAAGAAGUGUACCUAGAGAGCAAACGAUGCAUUCUUUUCAUACUUUGUUCUGCAGGAGAUGCUUCAAGUACGACUGCUUCUUACAUCCAGCCAGGGGGACCUCGCCGCAAGGUCUUCAAGUUUGCCAUCCAGGUCCGAACUUGCUGAAACGAAAAGGACCCGAUUUGAAACCGUUUUCGGAGCCAUGCGGGACUGAAUGUUACAUGCAUUUGGAGGGGAUGAAGGAGAAACUGGCGGCACAGGCGGCGGAUAUAAAAGAAGACGAAGGUGACGAGAAACGCGGUGGUCCUAGGAAGGUACGAAAACAAGCAAGCGUCGACUCUGGAAACGAAGCGAGCAGCGAGGAUAGUAAUGAUAGCAAUAAAUACGGUCAAGGAGGCAGUUGUCAAGACUUUAAACAAAACGUUAACAAAAAUAACUCCAAAUCUGAAGAAAUGAUGGAGGAUCAAGCACAACCUGAAAAUCAGGCACCCUUCACGUUAUUAGGAAUUGGCGAACGAAUUAAGAAUACUGAAAGUGAAUUCUCAUGGACAGGUUCAGAACAGAGCUUGUUCCGAGCUCUUCACAAAGCCUUCCCUGGCAAUCCAUGUGCAUUAGCACAAAUUAUGUUAACGAAAACUUGCCAGGAGGUUUAUGAAUUUGCACAAAAAGAAGCUUCAGAUAAAAAGAAGAAGAAGCAUCGGUUAUGGUCCAUGCAUUGCAGAAAGAUACAACUUAAAAAAGAUUCUGGUGCUAAUCAUGUUCAUAAUUUCGCACCUUGUGAUCAUCCGGGUCGGCAGUGCGAUAAUUCAUGUCCCUGUAUACAGGCACAGAAUUUUUGUGAAAAAUUCUGUCAAUGCAGCAGUGAGUGCCAAAACCGAUUUCCUGGUUGUAGAUGUAAGGCUCAGUGCAACACGAAACAAUGUCCGUGUUAUUUAGCUGUAAGGGAAUGUGAUCCAGAUCUCUGUCAAACGUGUGGCGCUGAUCAAUUCCAUAUCACUAAAAUAUCCUGUAAAAAUGUCAGCGUGCAACGUGGUCUUCACAAGCAUCUUCUAAUGGCACCUUCAGAUGUGGCAGGAUGGGGAAUUUUUCUGAAAGAGUCAGCGGCGAAGAAUGAAUUCAUUUCAGAGUACUGCGGUGAAAUUAUUAGUCAAGAUGAAGCCGAUAGAAGAGGAAAGGUAUAUGACAAAUACAUGUGCAGUUUUCUCUUCAAUCUUAACAAUGAUUUUGUCGUUGAUGCAACAAGAAAAGGGAAUAAAAUAAGAUUCGCCAAUCAUUCAAUAAAUCCCAAUUGUUAUGCGAAAGUAAUGAUGGUGAAUGGUGAUCACAGAAUAGGUAUUUUUGCUAAGAGAGCGAUACAACCUGGUGAAGAAUUAUUUUUUGAUUAUAGAUAUGGACCAACUGAGCAACUGAAAUUUGUCGGCAUCGAACGGGAAAUGGAAUUUCUUUAAGAAUUUAUAUUUUAUAUAUACAUAAUCACACUUAUAUAAAUAAAACA